CAUUCUGAUUUGUAUCAAGUUAUAACCCUCAGAUCAUUUUAAUAUACUGAUUCAUAUCGAUUUGAAUAAAAAGAGAAGUAUCACCUUUUUUCGAAAAUAUAUUUGAAAAUUUGAAAGUCAUUCUGAGGAUUGCUGUAAAUACGAAUGGCAGAAAUUACACGCAUCUUGCAAUAGUUUUGAUUGGUCAACGAAAUACAGUUCAUCAUGGAGUACGUGGAUGCUGCAAAGGAUGAAAGCAACGACAAUUGUUGUAAUGUAACUCCUUGUCCUGAAUUAGUAUCAAAUACAAAUUCUAAUGAAAAUUCAUCCAUAGAAACAAAAGACACCACAUCAAAAUGCGAAGUUUCAGAUGUACAACCAAACGAUGACACAGUAACAAUCUCGCAAGAUCCACCUAGAGAGAAUAUAGACUUUAAAGUGAUUUAUAAUAAACAGCGGAUUAACAUCAAUUUUCCACUUGAUGGUACAGUUGCGGAAUUAAAAGCUCACCUUCAAAACAUCAUAUCUGUACCACAAGCUAUGCAGAAAGUUAUGAUCAAAGGAUUAGCCAAAGAUGAACAAACCCUUAGAAAUCUGGGUGUUACAAAAGGUGCCAAAGUCAUGGUAGUAGGAUCAAAGUUAGAUGAUGUGUUAGCUGUAUCAAUUCCAACAAAGCAAGAUCUCUCAGAUGAAGCUGCUUCCUCUUCAGACAAAGAGCCAUGGUCUCAACAGAAAUUGCAUAGGAAAGUUUUAGAUAAAGGUGUUCCAGAAGAUGUUAUGCCUGGUUUAGUAGGUAGCAAGGAGCCUCUACCCGACUUUCCAUUGUUUGGCAUGUUAAAUAAAUCUGGUGGCAAAGUUAGAUUAACAUUUAAAUUGGAACAAGAUCAGCUUUGGAUUGGUACAAGAGAAAGAACUGACAAAAUACCAAUGAAUUCCAUAAAAGGUGUACACAGUGAAGCUAUACAUGAUCAUCCGGAGUACCAUAUUAUGGCUAUACAACUGGGCACAACAGAGGCGUCGAGAUAUUGGAUAUAUUGGGUUCCUGCACAAUACAUAUCGGCUAUAAAAGAUGCUAUUCUUGGCAAGUGGUGCUACUUCUGAUCAAUUGCUGAUGGAAAUGUCUGUCUCUACGAAAGCAAAGUGUAAUCAGGUGUAAGCAUUGAUACAAACACGACUGUGCUAGUCACACACUUUUAACAGUAAGUAAUAACUUAUUUUGCGUUGGAUUAUAACCGAUGUGUCCUAAUAAAAGUAUUCUGUUAAGAAAUUUUUUUAGAUAAAUAAUGUUUAAUUUUGUUGAAAAUGAUGGCAGUCAUUUUAUAAAAUUGACGUGUUUGCUUUUCGAAAGCUCAUUUUACGACGGUAAAAUAUUUGCACAAUAUUGUGAUUUCAAAACUAUCGAAAUCUUUUUAUACAUUGAGAUAAUAUGGUAAUUAUAAUAAUAAUUUCAUUGAUUUAUAUUCUGUAAAAGACUUGUAAAUAUAAUAAGUUUUUUAACUCUAAAAAAUACAUUUAUGUUAAAAAUACACUUGUUACUUUAUAGGUAAAGUUAUUGUUUAAAUGAACAGAUCAAAGAAUUUUAUCUCUUCUGUUUAUUUAAAUAGGAACAUGUAAACCUUUUUAAAAAAAGAAAAAUGAAAUUUUUGUAAAAUUACAUUUAUAGGAAGAAGCGAAGAAAGAAGUUAUGAUGUUGCAUUUACAAUCUUUUGAAGUUCGUCGAGAAAUAAUUCAACUUUUUGCCACAUUUAUCGAUAUUAAAGAAUAAACGAUAAUAGUUCAAGUAUUCAUAUAAUGUCUACAACUUUAUUACGAUAAUAAUUUAUAUUUAACAUUGAAGCAGUUCUCUUAAAUGUUAUGCUUUGAAAAGAAUUUAUCUCUAUUAUGUCUCCCUCAAUCAAAAAAUAAAAAAGUACGAAUUAUAAGUAUUGGUCGGAUUGUAGUAAGCUAAGUCAAUAUUGAAAAAAAAUUCAUCAGAAUAUUGUUCGAUAAUAAAACAACGAAUUUGUUACCAAAUUAAAUACAUUAACAUUGGCCUACAUAAAGGAAUAAAUUGUCAAGGAAAAGAGCCGUCACGGAAUUAGAAGUUCGAAUGGACUCGAAACUUCAUAUCUCGACGAGCGUAAGCAAGUUAAUAUUGCAUACUUUUAGUAUUAUAACUGCUGUAAAUUAGGUUUUAUACUAUGUAACGUAUAUAACUAAAUCGGAGUUACGAUAAAACGACAAAUCAAAUUUAUCUACCGUAAUAUCUACAUGGAAUUCAUAACUGCAAUUUGCACAUUGAAGAUCAAUUUCAAUGUCCGUUUAAAUAUGACUUGUACAUCAUGUUGUGUGAUUUGAUAAAAUAAACAAUUUUAAGACUUC